CCUGUUCGUGUGACGGACGAAUGAAAAUGCGGCAAAUUUCCUUUGCGGCCUGUCUGAGCAUGAAAAUGCCGAGACAAAAAAGUGGAAACCGGAUAUUCACGCGGUUUUCGUCAAAAAUCAGUCCGCUCACUCUUGACUGAGAUCCGCAAUCACGAUCACGGUUUUCUGAUAACGAUUCAUAACGUUCUCUCGUUUUCUCUAUGAGCGCCCGAUCACGCUGAUGAAUUUCAUUCUCUUCUUUUUCAUGCUUUUCAUUUCCAGUAUACUGUAUAUCCAAAUAGUAGCUGUAUAAAUUCUGUAAGUGUUGAAGUGUUCAACACUAGUAGUUGAAGUGUUGAACAGUUGAACCUAAAAUAAAAUUUUUGCCCAGUCUUAGUUCUUCAGAAAUUAAUUUACGAUCAGAGUUGUAGUCACUGAAAUACUCAGCGGGUAGAAUGGGCAGCAAAGAACCGGAAUCCUCGUCCAGCACGUCCUCGCGGGUGCGCCUGUCCAUCGUGGAGGACGAGGACUCCCAGGGUACGGAUGAAGAGGAGAUGUCCAAGCACGACCUCAUCGAUCAUGUGGCCUUGGCGGCCAUGCGGACGGCGCGCGCCCCACCCCUCGCGGGGGCGGCGGCGGCCCCCAAACAGGUCAGCGUCAAGCGCCGCGGACGGCCCCCCAAGAACCCCCAGCCCCCCGUGGAGGAGGAGCCCCCUAUCCCCAUCCCGCCGUCCGGAGCGAUGGACAUUGCGGCUGCGGCGAUGGAGGGCAGUGGGGCGGGAUCAGUGCACGGCGGUGUCAGCGUUGCUGCGGAUCCCGUCAGUGGGGGGUCCUCGGUGGCCAGUGGCAGCAACGUGCCGCGGCCGAAAUGCAACGGUCUGGCUAAUGGGUAUGUUAAUGGGACCAAGAGAAUCCGCCUGGUGAAGCCCGACGACGAGCCCCAGCCGUCCUCCACGGGAGCGCCACCGGCCGCGGCGGAGGUGCCAGCGGCCCCGACGGAGGCCCCGGCGGCUUCCCCAUCGUCCACUGCACCCACGACCAACCGAGCCCUGCCGGAUAUCUUCGAUCUGAAGCUGAUGGACAUCUUCCUGACAUGUAAGAAUGUGCACGUGGAGUUCCAGCAGAACGACAACACCAUCACCAAGAAAUUCGACUACCCGGAGCCGCCGCCGCCGGGCAACGGCGUCAAUGGACACCCCUAAAGAAAGAAAUGGGAUUUCGACCAAUUGAUUGGUAUGUGGACUGGAAGUCACGAAAUGGAGAUUGAUUUUCUGUUUGUUGUUGUUGCUUUUUCUUGCGGUUUCACUAGCCGCUUUUGGAUUAAUACGGUGAUGAUAAAGAUGAGUAUAUAAUAACCAUAAUACUAACCAUGAUGAUAAAUUGAUGAUUAUUCUAUGAUCUGAUUACUUUUGUACAGCGGUGCAGCGAUGAUUCUGCAACUGUCGAGAUUAUUUUGAUUUUUUUGUAUAAAUGCUGUGGAAGCAGAUGAAUUAUGUUUUUCGGUUGGAAGGUCGUUGUUUUCAUCUUUGAAAAAUUCCUUGACUUCACUUUUUUUAUGAUCAA